UCUAUUGGUUGUUUACAAAGAGAGGCGGGGCUUAAGCUCAUCACGCGCGGUGUGAUUGCACUGUUGGUCAGUGACGACGCCGGAAGUAGUGGACUCCUGUGCUGCCGUGGGCUUCUUUGAACCCUAAAUCCAAAAUAUGGAGCAAAUGAACGAUGGCAGCUUGGCGCAGGUCCGGCACGUUGUGUUGGUUCUGUCAGGGAAGGGAGGUGUGGGAAAGAGCACCAUCACCACAGAGUUGGCCCUGGCUCUCAGGCACGCUGGCAAGAAGGUUGGCAUCCUGGACGUUGACCUUUGUGGCCCCAGCAUCCCCCGCAUGCUGAGCGUGGGCCGGCCCGAUGUCCACCAGUGUGACUCCGGUUGGGUGCCUGUCUACACCGAUGCCCAGAAGAGCCUGGCCCUCAUGUCCAUCGGCUUCCUGAUGGAGGAUCCAGAUGAAGCAGUAGUGUGGAGGGGGCCCAAGAAAACAGCUUUGAUUGGCCAGUUUGUGUCCGACGUGGCGUGGGGAGAGCUGGACGUGCUGCUGGUGGACACGCCGCCGGGGACGUCCGAUGAGCACUUGGCCGUGCUGGAAAACCUUAAAAAACACAGAGUGGACGGGGCCAUUUUGGUCACCACACCCCAGGCGGUGUCAACAGGAGACGUGAGAAGAGAGAUCACCUUCUGCAAGAAGACGGGCGUGCGGAUUCUGGGUAUUGUGGAGAACAUGAGCGGCUUUGUUUGCCCACACUGCUCUGAAUGCAGCAACAUAUUCUCAAAGGGUGGCGGAGAAGAACUGGCCAAACUGACCGGAUCCGUCUUCCUAGGUGCCGUGCCCUUGGAUCCUCUUCUCAGCGCUAGUAUAGAGGAGGGCAAAGACUUCAUCCAGGCUUUUCCUGACAGUGCCACCUUCAGCGCUAUUAGCAGUAUUUCUCAGACUCUGCUGGACAGCCUCCAGGCAGCUUGAGCCAUGAGUUCAUUUGCUUAAAAUUGUUGACCUGUUAAAUGUAAAUCACCAUCAUGGAGAAUAACUAGUCGUUUUUAAAUGUAUUUUUCCAUACGUUUUUUUUUUGUUGUUAUUUAAAUUGUCUGCCUAUUGUACAAUACAAGCUUUUUGUUCUGCCGUCUUGUUAGUGCUGCAGUUCCAGCUGUUGCGGUGUGAAGAUCACCAGCUUACACAGUAAAAAGGAAGAGAUGAAUGCUGGUAAAAAGGUCACUGAGCUAACUCUGUUUUGUACAUGAUUUUGUAAUAAACGGUAACUCGCG